GGCAGGCAUCUGUACUUCGAACAUCCAACUGAUAGCUGUCACACAAAAGUCAAAACACAACCUCAACAUUAAGUCAUAAUAUUUGAUUAUUAAUUUGUAAUUUUAAAAGUAAAAUGGGAGUUUCUGGGGGUAGAAACCAGAAUACGGUGGUUUAGAAGUUCCAGUGAAUGAGAGAAGAAAAUAACAUGGCAGCACCACCUCACCGUUUCAUGCAAAAUCUAAAUAACCCACAACAAGCAGGUAUGCGGAAUGCGUUUCACAGCCCCUUGCAAGCCCAAAUGGCACCAGCGGGCAUGCAAAAUGCCAUCCCCAACCAGAUUUCUGUGCAGAUGUCUAACCCAAUGGGUAGCCCUAUUGUUCCUCAAAUGUCUAACCCUAUGAACGGAUCUAUAGGAAACCAAAUGACAUCCAACAUGAACAGCGGUUCUCCAAUGUUAAGUCAAAUGAAUCAACACUACAACAUGAACAGCCCAAUGGGAGCUGGUCAGAUGCCUUUGCAGCAGCCUUCAACUCAGAUGGCAAUGCAGCAGCGACCAAUGGAAUUUACACCUGCAUUGAAUCAUCAUGAGAUGCCGCAACCAACACCUGGUGUUGCUCCUACUCCACCUUCGGUGCCUGCUCCACAACAGCAACAUCAGCAGUCAAAGGAGUACAACACGGCCUCAUUGUGCAGAUUGGGACAAGAGACAGUCCAAGAUAUUGUUAGUCGUACUCAAGAGGUCUUUCAAACUCUCAAGACCAUCCAGCCUCCAAAUGGUACACCUCAGUCGUUAAACAACAGCAAUGAGAAGAAAGCUAAGGUUCAAGAGCUACUGAGAACGAUUCGUGUGCUGUUCAAACGGCUCCGAUUCAUCUACGAGAAAUGUAAUGAAAACUGCCAACUUCAAGGCAUGGAAUACACCCAUAUCGAAAGCUUAAUUCCGUUCAAGGACGACUUUGAUCCGAAGCACGAUGAGAAGAAAAACUCAGAAGCAUAUCGCUUGGCAUGUGAAGAAAGCAAAGAAGUUAUGGAGCAGGUUGUAUUGAAGAAUAAACAACUUAAAGAGGUAAUUGAUCACCUUCGCAGAAUCAUUUGGGAAAUCAAUACCAUGCUGGAUAUGAAAAAAUCCUAGCAAUCAGUUUAUUACCCUUAUCAAUUCAGUAGUUAAUGUUUAUUUGAUUGAGUUGAUUGAUUUCUGUAAUUUGUUUGAUAUAUUGUUUAUCUCUCGCUAGCACCAUUGAUUAACGUAUGAUUUUUUACUGCAGGCUUGUAUAUCUUGCUAACAGUGUACGUUAAUAAAUGGCAGGUAUUGUUUAUAAUUAAUAUGUGUUGUGAUAGAGUAUGAUGUAACGAUUUACGUCAUAUUUAUAUUUUUGCAAGGACGAAUCAUGCCUGAAAUGAUACAGGAUAUUUGGAAGAUUGUUACAAAUGUUACAGGGGUUAUUAUAGUUAACGUUUCAGAGUACAUGCUACUCAAACUCAGUGUUGAAAACUGGAAAACUCGCACGAAUGUGUCAAAAAAAUUAGCGUGGCCUUGUAAAAACUUAUGCACAUCUAAAAAUUAUACAAUGCUUUUUAACAACCUCUCAGUUAUUUUUUGAACAAUUGAUGCAUAAAAGGCAUAUUUUAACAAAAUUACAACUGAAAAGAUUUUUAAAUGAAAUAUAGGGAUGACCCAUUUUGAAUAUCCUUAUGAGUACUUCGGAAUUUUAAAGUGUACAUUCACUAUCGUUCAAAAUAGUUGAGUGUUUUUGUUCACUAAAUGGCUUUCAACUACACAUCUAAUCAUCAAAAGACUAUUAUUAAUUUUUGGGUUUUUUAAAGCUCUGUAGAUAUGUAUAUGACAUUAUAAUGUAUAUCAUUGAUCUUGAGCUAUGAUGUAAAUAAGUGUGUAUAUUCACAAACAUUCUGAGAUAUCAGCUAUCUGAAUCCCAGCAAUAGGGAAAUUUUGAAUUGAAUCUGAAAAUAUUUUAGACAAUAAGCUGUUGGAACAACAAUGAAAUGUGUAUGUAUCAGCUCUUCUCAUAUAAUAUCUAGUAUGUAUAUUAUAGUAACUCUAGCUGUAGACAUUGUGGAUCUUGCUAAUCUAAAUCUAGAAAAGUAUGUUAAAAUGUUCGCUUUCAUACAAGGUUGUCCAUAUUUUUUUACAAACCCAAAAAAAAUAUAGAUAUGCUGCUAGUUAUCUGUCUUCAGUAAAAAACAUUACAAGAGAGACUGCCAUUUACCAUCAGUCUUGUAAUGUGGAUCGCAGAUCGAACGACCUGUAUUAUUUGUAAAUUGUGAUACUUCCAUUGUAAAAGAGAUGUAAUUUUUGAACUCGUAACAUGUUUUGGAGUAUAUAAAUAGGAGGGUAAUUUCUAUAAAAUUUUAACUAUUGAAUAGAGAUUGAAAGAUGUAAUUUUUGGACUCGUAACAUGUUUUGGAGUAUAUAAAUAGGAGGGUAAUUUCUAUAAAAUUUUAACUAUUGAAUAGAGAUUGAAAGAUGUAAUUUUUGGACUCGUAACAUGUUUUGGAGUAUAUAAAUAGGAGGGUAAUUUCUAUAAAAUUUUAACUAUUAAAUAGAGAUUGAAAGAUGUAAUUUUUGGACUCGUAACAUGUUUUGGAAUAUAUAAAUAGGAGAGUAAUUUCUAUAAAAUUUUAACUAUUAAAUGGAGAUUGAAAGGUGAGCAUUUAACUCCAGUUUAAAUUUUUCGAAAACAUACAGUAAAUUGUACAGUAUAUGAAAAUCAAAAGUUUAUCUCUUGUUACUCCACCAAGUAAGGAUAAAAAUUGCUUUAAGAUCAAGCCUAAAAUAUUCUUCUAGAUCUAACAAUGCCAGGUUUGGACUUUAAACGAGACACUUGGCACCUUUAAAAACAUUGUUUUUUAAAAAUGCAUGGCAAUUUUUAGGGAUCGGCGAGACUUGAAUUGCAAAGUAUAUCUCAUAUUAUUUUUUUGGAUCAUUCCAACCAAAAAAGAUCCAUAGUAACUUUUUUGGUUGACCGUUUCUGAGUUACAGACGAUUCGGUAUCAGAAAGGCUAAAAAGGCACUAUUUUAUAUAAAUCUGAAUUAAUCUUCCGCUACAAGUAUCGGAAGGGGUUUACAUUGCUGGGAAUGCUAUCAAGAGAUGAACUAUUUUGUUUUUCGCAGACUGUACAAUUGAACAAAAUAAAGUAUUCACAAGUGUCAAGUUCCAUAUUUAAUUAACCUUCAAGGUUUUUGUAGAAGCCGUUUUUGAAUUUCUAUUUGGAAAUAAGGUGAUGUCAUUUCUUCGUUUUUGUAAAAUUUACUACUUACUACCACGCUUUAAACUUCUUUGUGAUUUCAAGAAUUAGUCCAUUAUUUUACCUCAAAAAUUAAUUCACAUAUUUGGUACAAUCCUCGCCAAUGAAAAUUGAUUGGCGCUGGUAAUUCUUGGAUGGUGUUUGUUGUCCACGGAGUACAAAAAUUCAAGAGGAUCUCCUUUUGUUCUCUGAGAAUUUUCGAAAUAUAUUUCAGCACGUACGCUUUUCUGCAUCUGGAUCGCGGAGACAGGGAGAGAGGUAUUUAUAUCGAAAGACACCACUGGAAAUAGUUUUUUCGUAGAUACUUUUAAACACCGUAUAAUCCCAACAAAAUUUAGACAGCAUUAUUAUGGGAAAAAAUAGCCAGUUGAGAUCUCACAUGAUGAAGAACACUUAGCUAAUUUAGUUCGCCAGGGGCGGAAUAGCUCAAAUGCAAAAAAAACAACAAAAACCUAGAUCGUGAUAGGGUGAUCUGAAAAUCUAUUUCCGAAAACGGUUUAUUUUAUACCAACCAAAUAAAGAUACAUGUAUUCAGGCAAAGGAUCAGGCUUUUCAAAAAUAAUACCUUGACUAUGACUUCUAGGUUUCUUUGGAUUAUAUAAUGUUGUUUUUUAAACAAAAUAUGAUUCUUUGGUGUCUUGUAUUUGCAAAAAGGAUUAUUUCGAAAAUCGUCAGAGGAUGAAGUAGUCUCAGAAUACCCAAAAAAAUCACCCUUUAAAUUUUUGCCCCAUGUUCUGGAUAUAUUAGCUCAAAUCUCAAACUGUUUGGGCUGUAGCCAGUCAAAUAGGAAUUUCAAAGUUGAGGUUUGGGUUUAAAAUUUUAGAAUACCUCAGUAACUCACACUUUCAAGACAAAUCUUGAGACCUCGUUUGUAUGUCCAGUAUCAUUCACACCACCCUUUCCAUACAAAAAAAAAAAAAAAAAACUGAAAUAUUGAAAUGAAUUAUGGGCCUGCCGCUUGAUUCUUGUUACAUGGGCGCCCAUGUAUUUUGUCCAUUCUUUCAUACAGGAUCUCAGAAGAAUUCUCUUGGAUUCAUCUAUAUCACAAGAAAUAAUGUAUGUAAUUAUAUUAUCCAGUAGUGUCCUUUAUGGGCUUGUAUCUCAAUAUACGAUAUUCUUAUGUUGUCAAAUUAUUUUUAGUGUUCUAUAUGAAUCCAAGAAAAUAACGUGUAAUUUGUAGUUUAGCCCUUUUGUUCGUAUCCUUUUGUAUUCCUGAUGUUCAAUAAAAUUUUCUACAUUA